UUGCCCCGAGUCGCAAACCCAUCGUUCUGGUCCUCACUGAUACCUCGUCCAUUCCGGAGACCAGUCACCGAGGCAGAAGUCAUUGAGCGGGCCCUCAAGAGAAGCGCUGGGGCGGAAGAGAGGCGCACGGGAAUCAAAUUUUUGGUCCUGGGAAUCCUGGUCGGAUCCAAUGCCAUCAAUCUCAUCUCAAUCAAGCGAGACAUGCUCAAUUUCACUCGACAGACGGAUGCGAAGCUGGAGCUCCUGCGAGAAGUCGUUCAGAAGGUGAAGAAUGGUGAGGACGUAGACGUGAAGCAAGCACUUGGUACUGGCGAUCCGGAACACGAAAAGGAGUGGGAACAGGUCAUGAAAGAGCUCGAAGAGACGGACAUGCUACUGGAAGGGCGCAAGAAGCGGGAGGCAAAGCGACAGCAGAAGGAGCAACAACGUAGAAUCAAGGAAGAAGAC